ACGUCAGAAACGGUGGCGGGUAUAUACGCUAACGAAAAUCCGCAACGCAACGCAAACCCAUCAACGUCGCAGUCGUUGUCGUUGUCGUCGUAGUCCCUAGUCUUCUUAGUCUUCCUUUCGUCUUGUAAUAAUUUUAGAGAACGAUCGAAAUCAAACAAAGGAGGAAAGAAACCACGUUUAUUAGAGAGGAGGAGGCCAUGCCGUGGCCCUGACCCAAGUUUUUAUUCCGGCCCGAACAAUUGUCUUCGGUGCCAUUCGGUGGGGUUCAAACCAGUUGUUUCUACGUUUCCUACGUUUUUACGUUAUCCUUCUUCCUGAAAACCAGGAAACCCUUUCCUAAAAGAAAGAGAAAGAGAGAGAGAAAGAAGAAAAGGAGGAUCAUUCGUCCAUUGCAGUUUAUUAUCUAACGUGAAUAUCAGGAAGAUUGUUAGUUUCUUUUAUUUUGGUGUGUUCUGUGUUUUGCAUUUUUUACAGUGCCACACACCACGCUGUAUAAUUAUUAUAUACGUCCAUCAUGUUACAGUCAAACUUCGAAGAUUACAUUCCAUAUUUAAGUGGAGCAGCUGGAGCCCUUGUCAUCACAGGUGUAGCUGCAUAUUAUGCAACCAGACCUAAACCGGAAAAACCAUUGUGGCCUCUCGACUCUCAAAGUAUUUUACUUCCGGGUACCGAUUUGAUAAGGGUCUCGCGAUUCUACAAGGACAGCAAGGAGGGCAAAUUCGUGAGUUACUUGCACGAGGACACUAGGACGCUUUACGAUGGAUUUCGCAGAGGCGCCAAAGAAUCCAACAACGGUCCGUGUCUUGGCUGGCGAGAUGGACCCAACAAACCUUACCAAUGGAUUCAUUACAACGAGACUUUACUCAGGGCAAAGAACUUCGGUUCCGGUCUCGUAUCAUUGGGAUUGGUCCCUGGUCAGCAAACACUUGUGGGCCUAUACAGUCAAAAUUGUCCCGAAUGGAUCUUGACGGAACAAGCAUGUUACACUUAUUCCUUGGUCAUAGUACCUUUAUAUGACACACUCGGACCAGAUGCGUGCGCUUACAUUAUCAAUCAGGCUGAUAUCAGUAUAGUAGUAUGUGACGAUGAUAAAAAAUGUAAUCUGCUACUCGACAAAGCUCCCAGGUGUUUAAGAAAAUUAAUCGUCAUUAAAGAAACGAGACCGGCAACGAAUCAAAGAGCGAAAAAUCGUGGGGUUGAACUUUUAAAGUUUGAGGAUGUCGAACGACUUGGUGCACAGAAGAAUCAACCAGAAGUACCACCAAAAGUUACGGAUCUUUGUACGAUUUGUUAUACUUCCGGUACUACGGGUAGCCCAAAAGGAGUUAUGUUGACCCAUCAAAACGUUAUGUCAGGUGUAUGCGCAGUCCUAUUACAAUUGGGUGAUCAUAAACCUACCAACAAAGACACGAUGAUUAGCUUCUUACCAUUAGCACACAUGUUGGAACGUUGUUGCGAGAAUGGUCUAUAUAUGGUUGGGGGUGCAGUUGGUUUUUAUACAGGUGACAUCAAGAGGUUAUCGGAAGACAUGAAAGCAUUGAAACCCACCGUAAUGCCGGCGGUACCCAGACUAUUAAAUCGCAUGUACGACAAAGUACAAUCGGAACUGCACAAUUCAUUUUUCAAAAGGAUGUUAUUUAAUAUUGGAAUGCGUUCGAAGGAGAAAGAAAUAAAAAAGAGUAUAGUUAGGAACAACGGUGUUUGGGACAGAUUGGUGUUCAAGAAAAUUCAAGAAUCUAUGGGUGGCAGAUUGAGACUGAUGCUUGUUGGUUCUGCACCAUUGGCUGGUAAUGUCCUCACUUUUACGAGGUGCGCUCUUGGCUGUCUCGUCGUCGAGGGAUACGGUCAAACGGAAUGUUGCGCACCGAUCACUUUAACUAUACAGGGUGAUCAUGUACCAGAACACGUGGGACCACCGGUAGCCUGUUGCUGCGUUAAACUAGUUGACGUGCCAGAAAUGGAAUAUUUUGCUGUAAACAAUCAAGGCGAGGUUUGCGUUAAAGGUACCAAUGUAUUUGUUGGAUAUUUUAAAGAUCCAGAUAAAACGGCAGAAGUAGUUGAUGAACUUGGAUGGCAUCACACGGGAGAUGUUGGCAUGUGGUUACCCAACGGCACAUUAAAAAUAAUCGAUCGAAAGAAACAUAUUUUUAAAUUGUCCCAAGGGGAAUAUAUCGUUCCUGAAAAAAUAGAAAAUAUCUAUUUACGUAGUCAAUACGUACAUCAAGUAUUCGUCCAUGGUGAAUCUUUAAAAUCGUGCGUAGUAGGCAUAGUUGUACCAGAUGUAGAUGUAGUUAAAUGUUGGGCAGUAGAAAAUGGUAUACCUGGCACAUUGAGCGUUCUUUGUGCGAAUCCAGAAGUCAAAAGGUUAAUAUUGGACGAUAUGCAUUCGUGGGGUAAAGAAGCUGGUUUGAGGUCGUUCGAACAGGUCAAAGAUAUUUACUUACAUCCGGAUCCAUUUUCAAUGCAAAAUGGUCUUCUAACGCCAACGUUAAAAACGAAAAGGCCUCAAUUAAAAGCGUACUUCAAGCCCCAAAUAGAAGAUCUUUAUCAACAAUUGAACUGAUCGGAUUAAUGAAAAGCAGUAUCUCACUUUGUCGAACGAAUUAUUAAAAAAAACAUUAAAAAAAAAAAAAAAAAACAAAAAGAAAAACAAAA